AAUCUUAAUCUGAGACAGCCUGUUUGUACAGCAUUAACUGCAUAAAUGUAAUGGAACUACGUCUCAUGGUAAUGUAAUAUAAUUAUCGUGAUAACAGGAUAGCGUUAAUAAUUACGAUGACAACAGAAAUGUGAACACUGACUUCUAAAUUAUUCUUAUUGUAUUGAAGAGGGUUCGUUAUCAAAAUAAUUAUGGUAUAUAAUAACAAAAUACUCAAAUACUGUAUACACAUUGUGUCACAAUCGCCUAUGAUCCACUUCGUAUGAAAUGAGUUGGAUUGUUGCCUGUUAUUUCUGAAAUGAAAGUUCAUUGCCAAAAAUAUCUUUUGCUCUACCCACGCUGUUGUAAAAGACUUAAACAAUUCUGUGAUCAACACAUCACAAACUUUCGACAGAUUCACAAUGCAUCUGCAGCAAUAAAUACUUCAUCUUUCAAGUUCACCAAAUAUGGUUUCCCAAACCCACAUUGGUUCCCUAUCAAACAAAAACAAUUGCAAGGCUCCCAACACAACCAGCUCCGCUGCUUAUCUGACGUCCCCUGUAAAUUCAAUGAUCUUGUUUCUUCUGCCAACAAACAAAGAACACAGAAAAGCAUGCAAUUAGUCAAACCGGUGCGUAAUUUGCCAUUAAAGAAAGGUUUUAAAAGAGCAGCAAUUUUAAUACCAAUGUGUAUGAUAGAUGGGCAGCUUUCUUUACUGCUUACACUUCGGUCAAUUCACUUGAAGAAUCAUCGCGGAGAAGUAAGUUUUCCUGGAGGAAUGAUGGACAGAAGUGAUGCUGAUUUAACAGUCACAGCUCUUAGAGAAACACAUGAAGAAAUUGGCCUUGAUCCAAAACUGAUUGAUGUCUGGGGUACCAUGCAUCCUCUUUCAAACUCGGCAGCUUCAAGAGAAGUCACGCCAGUUGUUGGAUUUGGUGGAGAUAUCAAUUUGAACUCUUUGCACAUAAAUUCAAAUGAAGUAGAAAAGGUGUUCUUCACAACAAUCAAAGAUUUGUGUGACCCCAACAACCAGCAAACGACCCAAUUUAGAACUGGUCAUGGUUACACAUUACCAGUAUAUUUAUCUAGUCCUCGAAUUUGGGGAUUAACAGCUGUGAUGAUUCACCAGUUUCUAACAGUCCUAGCACCACAUUUAUAUAAUUUUAAAAUUAAGCAUCAAAGAUCUAUACAAAAAAUAAAAUAACAUGAUUAGCCAUAAUUAAUUAACAUGUAUCAAUCGAUUUCUAGGUUAUGAAGUUUUCAGGGAAGAUAGCUUUGAUAUUUAAUUUUUUAAAGUUCAUUUCUGUAGAGCUUAAUCAGUGGCUCAACCAUUUUUUUACCAAUGGACCCUUUUGAUCCCUAUUUAACUCAACUGGACUUCCAUAAUCGUUUGAUGUAUAUAUUUAAAAAAAAUCUUACUUUAUUUUUAUAAUUAAAGAUUAUUAGGAAUUGUACAAAAAAAAAAAUUAAUAUUUUGUUUUGUAGAAGUAUCACCAGUUCAUUGCAUGUAAAAUUUUAACGAAAUCUUAUGCGGACCCUUAAGGUUCAUAGAGACCCUAAUUGAGUGCCUCUGAGUUUGAUGAGUUUAGUAAAUCUGAAAAUUGAAUUAUUUACACCAAGUGUGUCCGUGACCUGUUUCUAUGACAAGUAACAAGAUAGGGAGCUGGUCCAGAAACUUUCAACAGAUUUGGGAGCAGUUUUCCCCUUAAAAGCAUCUUUUUCCUUGGUUUUGGUUGUAAAUUCUUCUCACGCACAUACACCCCCCCCCCAGUUCUUGCAGUAACUAUGUAUUGUUGCUUCACAUCAGAUCAGCCCUAUUAUUAAAGAAUUCCAAUCAUGACCA